CGGACUCGACCUCUGCUCCGCUAGCCUUCACAUAGCACGAGUAUUUCCCCCGAGCCGAUGGCACUACUCUACUCGGCGGAUACUGAUGCCAGCCACAUCUCAUCUCAUCUUUAGCUCAAAGGCGGGAUGCAUCAUGCCGUGUCCCAAAGCUUCCGCGCCGAGCUCCAUGGCCGUUACGCAUUCCGGCAUGGCUUUUUCUUGCUCUUUCGUCCCAAUGGCCUUAGAAGAGCGCCCAUCACAAAACACACACCCCAGCAAAGCCCUACAACCCCUUCCCCCCUGCUGCGACUAGUCAACCUGCUGCUGCUGCUGCUGCUGCUGCUUGCUCACUCGACCGCUCGACAGCCCAGGAGUCCCCCUGUAGGGAAUUGUUCCCCACCACUACCCGAGCUUCCUGUCGCUCUGCCCAUCGAACGCCCUACCGCUCCUCCGGAAUUUCGACAUGAGGGGUUGUUCGGUCUCUCUUUGGGAUUUGGCCUCACGCGCCUCCUCUGCGGUGCGUUCCCCGCAAGCCACCGUGCAAGCCGCAUCACACGCCGGACGUUGGCCGAAGGAACGGCGGUUUGCGCAUUUCACCUCGUGGGAUUUCGCCUCGGGAUCAGCCGUCGAGAGUAGUUCAGGUUGCUAAACGCUGCACCCCCGUGACGCCGACCCCAAGCCGUCAAGGAACCCUCAGCGUUUGGGCUUGUCAGGGUGUCCCCUGAGUGGCACCUCCCGUCCUUGUGGAACCGUCAUCAUCGAGAAAAACGGCCCCGUCCUGUCCAACAACCUGGGGGGGGGGUUGGCUCACCGUUCCAGCAGACAGGCAACUCUAAUCGUGGACGGUCUAGAGGCAAACGAGGCGUUCAUUCCUUCGACUAGGUGGAUUGUGCAUACGCGUGUUAGUAAUACAGAUGUAGAAGCCCAGAGUCCGAGAUCCUGGUUCCCAUGGUAGGGCCCUUG